AUGCGCAGUAUGCUUCUCGAAAAUCGACCGCGACUUCCCCGCUUAGCCCUAAGCAAGCGGAAUCGGGCUGUCGUGAGGGCUCUGAACCCAAUGCUGGUUACCUACUUGGAAGCCAGCCGGGACCUUUGCGAGACGGACUCAAUUCUUUUAGGCGCCGCACUGGCAGUCUGCCGUAUUAUAGGCGCCAAACUUUCCACGGCUGGACGCGCUACUGGACAAAGUAGUGCUAUCCCAGCCUGGAGAAUAAGAAUUGAGAACGUAUCGCAAGGGCUAGGGCCCUCAUCGGCAGACUGA